AUGAUAAGACACACUGCCUCACAGUCGCUUUCCAAGAAGGAGCAAACUAUGAAUAUUAUGUCAAUACGAGGCUCGGUUUCAAGCAUCUUCUUGCAUGGUAAUUGCAUAUUGCGACAUUCUCGGCUUUCCCCAUCCCGCCCAAGUGCCUCCUCACAUUGUCAACGGGUUCCCAACAGUACAGUAAGGCUAGCCGCACCCCACCAUCAUCACAUCGCGACAACUUCAGCCAUGGCGGAUCGCUUCAAGCUCGUGUACACCGUUCCAGCCUCCCACCUGGCGGUGACCAAGGACGCCGUUUUCAAGACUGGCGCCGGCGUCUACGACAAUGGCAAAUACGUCCAGGUCGCGUUCGAGCUCAUUGGCUCCGGCCAGUUCAUGCCUGUUGCUGCCGCCGGAGCGGAUCCUCACACUGGCGCUGUCGAUAAUCUUGAGAAAGUCCUCGAGUACCGCGUCGAGGUUCUAUGUGUGGGGCGAGAUGUCACCAAGGCUGCGGUCGACGCUCUGAAAAGCGCCCAUCCAUACGAGGUUCCGGCGUACGAGGUGUACAAGUUGGAAGACUUCUAA